AUGCCGCCGGCGGGCGACCCCGUCCACAAGGGCACGCUGGUAUGCGUCGUCCUCAAGGCCAAAAACCUGCCCAACAAGCGGUCGAUUGGCAAGCAGGACCCCUACUGCGUUCUCGCCAUGGGCUCCGAGCAGCAAAAGACCAAGCCCGACAAGCGCGGCGGCCAGCACCCGACCUGGGACGAGCAGCUCCACUUUGAGGUCUACGAGGACAUGGAGGACGCCCUGGCCAAGCGCACCGGCGACGCCGCCCCCAGCGGCAGCGGCAGCAACAGCAACAGCAGCAGCGUCUCGAAAGCCACGGGCUCGGCGGCCAGGUCCAAGGGCGGCAAAAAGGUCCUCAAGGUCUCGUGCUACGCCGACGACUCAAAGGACCCCGAGUUCAUCGGCGAGGGCCUCGUCGACCUCACCGACACGCUCAAGACGGGCGAGUUCGACGAGUGGGUGCCCAUCAAGGCAAAGGACCGCUACGCCGGCGAAGUCUACCUCGAGCUCACCUUCUACAGCGCCGCCGCGCCCCCCAAGCGCAAAAAGGCCAUCAAGCCCGUCGUGUCGGGCAACGACACCUACGGCGGCGCCGGCACCUUCCAGGACAUUGACGACCUCGGCGAGCCGCCCGCCGCGCCCCCCAAGCCGUCGGCCUCGUCUUCGUCCUCUGCUGCCGGCGCCGCCGACAUCCCGGCCUCGAUGCGGCCCGGCGGCGGCCACCGCUCGCAGAUGUCCGGGUCGAUGUCGGUGAGCAACCUGUCGAGCCUGCGCCCGUCGUCGGGCAUGGCCCACUCGGCCACGAUGAGCGACAUUCCCUCGUCGCUCCGGCCCAGCUCGUCGCUCGCCCAGAUCGACGCCUACACGCCGCCCUACGCCCCCGCCAGCAUCGGGCGAGGCUCCAGCCCGGCACCGCCGCCCGCGCCCCAGCACUCGGGCGAUGGCGCGGGCGAGUUUGGCCAGCAGCCGUCGCACCUGCCGCGCCGCAACAGCUUCGUCGCCAACGGGUCCGAGUAUGGCGGCGGCAUGGUGCCCUCGGCCUCGUACUACGGCCACAGCGCUGCGCCGUCGCAGGCGACCAUCGUGCCGAGCUCGUACGGCGGCGGCGGCGGCGGCGGCGUUGCCCUCGACCGGUACGGCACCAUGUCGUCGAUGGCGUCGACGUCUUCGCUGUCGUCGUACGCGCAGCAGCUGCCGGCGUCGGCGACCAUGUCCCACCUCUCGUCGUACAGCGGCAGGCAGGAUCCGGCCGAGCAGCUGAGCCACUCGAUGUCGGCCAUGAGCUUCCACCAGCAUCAGCCGCCGCACCAGCAGCCUCCUCACCACCACCACCUGCCGACGGCUGCAGGUGCGGGCACGGGCGACAAGCCGCUGCCGCCUCCGACGCCCACGCCGGCGUCAAACGCCACGCCGCCCUCUUCUGCGCUCCCUCCGCAGUCGCACAUCUACCAGCAUCAUCCGCAGAUGUCGAGCGGCUAUCAGGCGCAGCCACCACCGCCCCAACCUCAGCACAGCUACACGCCCCAGCCGACCCACGCCCACCUCGGUCCGACGCCGCCGCCGCAUCCCGCGUCGGCGCCACCGACGCACGGCGAGUAUGGCCAGGGCCUUAGUGGCGGGCCACCGCCUCCCGCCGGAGGCAGCCACUACUACGGCGGCGGCGGCGGCGGCGGCGGAUACGACGAGCCUGCUAGGCCAGUCUCGCCUGCCGCGUCGACCUACAGCAGCGUGGCGCCGUCGGUGAUCAACGCGCAGGCCUACUACCAGCAGCCGACGGCGGGUGGCAGCGGCGGCCUGCACCCGCAGCACCAGCCGCCUCGCGCCUCGUCUCCGGCGCUGUCGAGCAGCGCGUCGAUGGCGAUGCCCGUCGCCUCGCCGUACCAAGCGCCGUACGGCUCGGUGGCGAUGGGAGCGGACGGCAGCCUGCCGCCGAUGAGGAGGGCGCCACGGCCGUUGCCGUCGACGCAGCCGAUGAUGCAUCAGUCGCCCGCGGCGGCGACGGCCACACCGCCUCCUCUCGCUCCUUCGCCUGCAAACGGCGGCGUCGGCGGUGGUAGCGCAGUCUACGGCGGGCAGGCGCCGUCGGUGGUCUAUCAGCACCAGCACCAGCAUCAUGGGGCCGCUGCUGGGCCGGGGUCGGCUUCGGCGACGACGCCAUCGGCACCUUACGCUCCGCCGUGGGCUCACCAGGCUGCACCACCUCCCGGUCCGCCUUCGCACCACUACCCGCCCUCUUCUGCUCCUCCGUCUGCACCUGCGCCAGCGCCGACGACGGCACCGCAGUGGACGCAGCAGCAGCCGUCGUACCUCCAGGGCCAUCCGCACCAACAUCCGCCGCCGCCGCCGCAGCAAUACGACGCGGGUCCACCGACAUCGUCCUACCCGUACCAGCACCACGGAGCGGGGAGCGGCAUGUCGUCGACGUCGUCCUACCCGUCCCAUCUUUACGCCCACUAUUCGGCUGCUGCUCCGCCAUCGUAG